AUGCCCCUCCCGACAAACACAACGCUGUCCCUCCUGGGCUACUCGCGUCCAGGGGAUCCAGUGCAGACAAAGCCCAAGGAGGCCAUGCUCGUCCGUCUCUCUAUAGAGACCCUUAACGCCCUCUCGACGAAUGGCCCAACGCCCUCGUUAUCCGUCCAGCUCGGUGACAACCCAACCCUCUAUGUUGGCGAUACCGUGUUUCCCAUGAAUCGCCUCAAGGAAACAAACACCCACGAGAUCUUUCUGCGAACGUCCUCCGCGUCCAAAAAGUCCGCUCCCUUGAAGCUCUAUGCAAAUGUCGUCGGCAAGCUUACCGUUGAACGCGAACUCGGAGAUGAGGUCCGCAACAAAGUCCGCGAGAGCACCCAGGAUGCUGCAGCUCAGCGAAAUACCAGAACAACAGUGUUCCUCGACACCCCGCCCGAUGUGCCCUCGACGAAGAAGAGGAAGGAUCCACCGAGCAACAUGUUUCACAAAUCUACCCGUCCUUCUGCGCCUAUCAAGGCUGCUCCCGUCGCUGCGUCCUCUUCGUCGUCGAUGUCAUCCUCCGUUAACAAGCCUGCUGCAUCAACAUCCACCCCGAAAAGCCUUUCCAGUCCCGCACGCUUGCGCAUCGUCCAGCACCUUGCUCUGUACGGCGAAGCUACGGAAUCCCGGUUGUUCCAGUUGCUUGGUGAAUCCGAUCGCACCUCGACCCCUCCACGCCAGCUGCAUGAUCUUUUGAGUCAGAUUGCUGAACCCACGGCGAACAAGACUGGAAAUGGCGCCCCGCGGUCGUAUCGUCUGAAACCGGAGACAUGGAAAGAGGUUCGCCCUUAUGAAUGGGGAAUAUUCAGUGAGCAGGAGCAGCUCAAAAUCGCCCGUACUGCAAGGAAUGUGUAUCGGGACCUGCGCAUCUCGGAAAGCGAUCCGGUAUGGCAACAUGUCGUGUACAGACAUACUGCCCCAACAUCUUCGGACGCGUCCCGUGUCUCCUCCACCUCCAAACCAGAAGAUAAGAAGGGGCAAGAGCCAGUCAAGCGAGGUAUUACAUCAAAAGCAGCGAAAGAAAGGGCUACGAAACCUAAAGCCGAUCUUAAGGGUGAUAUCAUAGCCAAAGAUGAAAGUUCCAGCGUACCCUCGCGGGCGACGCAGUCGGCUGAGAAGCCAAUUCGUCGGACAGCCGAAUCUCCUCGUCCAGAUCCCAUUGUCCGAACGACUCAACAGAAAGUGGAGAAGCCAAUCCGCAAGCCGGCUGAAUCUCCUCGUCCGGAACCUUCUUCUAGGUCGGUAUCACAGGCUGAUAAACCCUUGCGAAGAACGGCAGAGUCACCUCAUCCCGAUGGGUCGUCUCGCUCUGCUCAACUUCCCGAGAAACCUGCCCGCAGAAUGGCAGAAUCUCCUCGUCCAGAUCCUCCACCCAGAAAGGGCGAGGUGGCAAACCCUUCCAAAACGAUACCUAGGCCUUCGACUUCAUCGCAAAUUGACAAGGAAAGAGACAGGGAUCCGCCGAGAGCUGCGCCACCCAAGGUCAAACCGGCUGCUGGCCCCUCGCGUAACAUGGAGAGAGUGUCAUCGACAACUAGCUCAAAUAACAGGGUCACACCAGUUCCAGAUACUACGAACUCGGCAUCAAAAUCUAGGAAGGCGUACCGUGACGACGAUCGUACAUUCUCUCCAGAGAGAGAGAAACGUCCUUUGCAGAAUGAAAGAAUAAAGGUGAAUGACGCUAGAGAGAGAGAGAGACAAAGGGACAGAGAGAGAGACAGCGAAAGUGUACGCGAUGAAUCUCGCUCGGUGAAGCGGAAAAUUGCAGCGAAACCGGAUGAUGACCUUUAUGACCCACCCCAGAAACGGCGCAAGUCUGAACGUCAACCAUCGCCUUCAGUUUCCUUGAGCAGGGAAGAUAGAGAAAGAGAUGAUAGGCGCAGAGACGACAGAAUUAGGGACGAUAGGGGCAGAGACGACAGAGGUAGGGACGACAGAGUCAGAGAGGACAGAGGCAGAGAUGUUUCUUCAGUCAAGAGAUCUAAUGCCGAACCACCACCCCCUGAGCGGUCUAUUCCCAGGAAACCUAACACUCAGUCGACAUCGAUGAAGCCUCCCAAGAGAAAGAAUGAAUCCCCUCCUCCUCCUCCCGCUAAACGACAAGCAGCAUCGACCAUGCGUGAAAGGAUGCCCUCUGAAUCUAGUGUGUCUUCGAGGACGCAGACGUCACACGCAACGGAAAGAACCUCGCAUGCAAAUAAAGCACCGAAACAACGUCGUCCUUCCCCCGUAUACACUUCUUCCGAAGAGGAAGAAGAGCCGUCUCGUUCAACCACUAAUAACUCCAAAUUGUCUGCAGCGAGCGCGACUGCGUUGUCCCAUGCGCGUGGGAGCAACAAUGCCUCUGCAGGGCGUCCUCUUCCCAAAGAUCAUGCCAGCCUCCGCGCGCAGUAUGAUAAAUGUUAUAUCGAAUACCUCGGAACAUACCACCGUCUGGCGAUGUUCAGAGGGAAGAUCAAUAAGCUGCUGAGCCACGAAGACCUGGCAGCGUCAGGGUUCGUUACAGACUCUGACGGGGAUGACUUGGAAGAACUAUCCAAGCUGACAAGGGAGCACGGGAGGCUAGAAGGAGAACUGAAAUCUAUUCGGGCGGCUUUUGGACAAAACAUGGACGGCGACCUGUCUCCUGAAUCUCUUACACCUUGA